AUGACCCCACAAAAAACGUCUACUGGGCAUGGGCAAGGCUUGUCUGUCGCUCACUGCAUCACUCUGCAUUCUCUGGCCAAUGGGAGCCCUCUCUUUCCUCCAAAUCCUCUGUGAAACUCCUCUGCCUUGCCGUUUCCUCCUGGGGAACUGAAUGUACUAACCUCCGCCCCCUUCACGAUGGCUACCACACCUCACUGUGUGAACUCCUGCCGUUUUACCCCUUGAACACUUUCCUUUGGGUUUGCCUUCUCAUUUCCUUGUUUUGUGGGUUAAUGCAUUUACUAUGCAUGCUGCCAACCCUGUCCCCAACCUCAAAUUAGCAAAAUCACAUAUUUUCUGUUUUUCAUGGGUUUGUUAAUCGCAUGACUGACAUAUGGAUGAAGAGUGGCUUGAGAAGGAUGAGAAUCAAAUUAGCUCUUCCAUUCAUUUCUCCUCGUCAUGCUGUCUGCUUCUUAAAUUGAUGUCUGUUUGGCCAAGACUUAUCACUAGGCCUGAAAUGGAAUGAUGCAAAUGAUGCUAACCAGAACCAGACACUCAUUGGAUGAUAACGGAACAUGUUUAAACAGUCCAUUACUCAAUUGAAACCACCAAACAAACAAAUGUGUGUUAAAAUGUUUUUUAUACUAUGUAUUUUGUCUCAAUGUCAUCUAAAUGCAUAAUUUAGCCUUUCCCAUAGUCUUCACUUUGACAUCCCUAGGAAGGUUGAAAAGCACCUCUGUAAAGCCCUUCAAUGACAAACGAUUCCUGGGUUUCUCACUUACAGCUAGAAUACUUUGUUGGUACAUCCAUUUUAAUGAUGUAUUCCCACUUGAUUCUUGAAGAAUAUAACUCAGAAAUGUGGUCCUCUGUAGCUCAGCUGGUAGAGCACGGCGCUUGUAAUGCCAGGGUAGUGGGUUCGAUCCCCGGGACCACCCAUACACACAAAUGUAUGCACGCAUGACUGUAAGUCGCUUUGGAUAAAAGCGUCUGCUAAAUGGCAUAUUAUAUUACUAUAUAAAUGCCUCAUGAGCUUAGUUCAACUGUCGUACUCUGAAAGAACCCAAAAUAUAAGCUUGUUUUACUUCAAUGUUUGUAAACAAUGUAAACAAACACUAUAGCCUCAAAACAUGGUUAAAACUAUCAUCUUGAUACCAUGGUUGGUCAGUCUUUGCAUCCAUAGCUCUGUCUAUUAAUUUGAGUGGUUACAUUUCUCCCAUCCCUCAGCUUUUUACCAAAACAGAAACAGGGUGACCACUUUAUUGUUUCAAUUAAGGAUUCUAGCUUUAAUGGUUUCAGAAAGCAUUUAUUGCUUUCUCAUGAGCUUAUGUUUAUUAAUUUUUUACUUAAUAGUUACAUUAUAAAAUGUGGCCCAUUAGCACAGUAUAAAAUGCACUCUAUAAAUCAUUUUAUAACGAUGUGUAGGAUAAUGUGCAUUCCCUUUGUCUCUGAGGGCAGAGUGCUAAGAAUUAGCAAUGACAUGCCUUCUUAGAAGUGGUCAUUUAUAUAUGACUCAAGCUUUUUAUACUCUUUAAUACAUCAUAGAUUGUCUGUAACAGCCCAGAUGGUAUAUUUAGUGAUACACAGAACAAAUGAAUUGAGCAUUUCUCUGUGGAGCUACAAUGCACUGCACUUUGACAAGGCAGCUUAAAUGCCCCAGAAAAUAGCCAUUAUGAAGGUGGGAUUGUAUAACUAGAUUUUUGUAGAUGUUUAGUCGUGAGCACUAGAAUGUAGAAUCCACCCCCCAACCCUUAUGAGUGUUAUGUUGUAGACCGAUAGCUUCAACAGGGAUUGAUGUUUUUUUCCCUUAGUUUUGGUUUUUGUAGGUUAUUGCACUGUUAUGACUGUUUUUCUUAUUGAAGCCCUGGCAGUGAAAAGUCCCAUAGUCUGGAAAAGGCUCAUCUGAGUAGAUAAUGUUUCCUUGUUGUCUGGUCCUUGUCAUCAUUAUUAGGCUUCUCCUUACAACCUUGUAAGUGUGUUUCUCUGGUGGUAAUCACCACAGCUAAUGGCUGGGGCUGCAUUGCAUCCCAAAUGGCAUCCUAUUCCCUUGAUAGUGUAAUACUUUUGUAGGGCUCUGGUCAAAAUUAGUGCACUAUAAAGGGAAUAGGGUGCCAUUUGGGACUCAACCUGGGUGUCUAUGCUUUGGCUGAAUGAAGACGCUCACUGCGCCAAAUCCGAUUUAGUCUAGUGAGGGUGGAGAUCAGUGAAGUGCAGGAAGAAGAGGCACAAUUAACGUUGAACGGCUUUUAUGAGGAAAUUAGCCGCAGCCGGACCGACAAAUUAUGUUGUGGAUGUAAUGGAAACCCUUUUGAACUCUGAGCCUGAUUGAAUAAAACCGCCUCUCUGAGUUCUUUGAUGUUUUUGAGGCUAGAGAGACUAAUAUUGGUCCAUGAGAGGACUGUUACCCAAUCCCGCAUUGAGUAUGCAAUCAAAUGAGCAUUUCAGAAAAGGCCUGUUUGGCUGAUGGACACAUACUGUCAAUGGUGAGUAGCUUGGGUUACGUUAAUCUAUGCAUAUUCCAUAUAUCGUAGUACUAUAAUAUAAUGUACAGUGAGGGAAAAACGUAUUUGAUCCCCUGCUGAUUUUGUAUGUUUGCCCACUGACAAAGACAUGAUCAGUCUAUAAUUUUAAUGGUAGGUUUAUUUGAACAGUGAGAGACAGAAUAACAACAAAAAAUCCAGAAAAACACAUGUCAAAAAUGUUAUAAAUUGAUUUGCAUUUUAAUGAGGGAAAUAAGUAUUUGACCCCUCUGCAAAACAUGACUUAGUACUUGGUGGCAAAACCCUUGUUGGCAAUCAGAGGUCAGACGUUUCUUGUAGUUGGCCACCAGGUUUGCACACAUCUCAGGAGGGAUUUUGUCCCACUCCUCUUUGCAGAUCUUCUCCAAGUCAUCAAGGUUUCGAGCCUGACGUUUGGCAACUCGAACCUUCAGCUCGCUCCACAGAUUUUCUAUGGGAUUAAGGUCUUGAUACUUGCUAGGCCACUCCAGGACCUUAAUGUGCUUCUUCUUGAGCCACUCCUUUGUUGCCUUGGCCGUGUGUUUUGGGUCAUUGUCAUGCUGGAAUACCCAUCCACGACCCAUUUUCAAUGCCCUGGUUGAGGGAAGGAGGUUCUCACCCAAGAUUUGACGGUACAUGGCCCCGUCCCAUCGUCCCUUUGAUGCGGUGAAGUUGUCCUGUCCCCUUAGCAGAAAAACACCCCCAAAGCAUAAUGUUUCCACCUCCAUGUUUGACGGUGGGGAUGGUGUUCUUGGGGUCCUAGGCAGCAUUCCUCCUCCUCCAAACACGGCGAGUUGAGUUGAUGCCAAAGAGCUCCAUUUUGGUCUCAUCUGACCACAACACUUUCACCCAGUUCUCCUCUGAAUCAUUCAGAUGUUCAUUGGCAAACUUCAGACGGGCCUGUAUAUGUGCUUUCUUGAGCAGGGGGACCUUGCGGGCGCUGCAGGAUUUCAGUCCUUCACGGCGUAGUGUGUUACCAAUUGUUUUCUUGGUGACUAUGGUCCCAGCUGCCUUGAGAUCAUUGACAAGAUCCUCCCAUGUAGUUCUGGGCUGAUUCCUCACCGUUCUCAUGAUCAUUGCAACUCCACAAGGUGAGAUCUUGCAUGGAGCCCCAGGCCGAGGGCGAUUGACAGUUAUUUUGGGUUUCUUCCAUUUGCGAAUAAUCGCACCAGCUGUUGUCUCCUUCUCACCAAGAUGCUUGGCGAUGGUCUUGUAGCCCAUUCCAACCUUGUGUAGGUCUACAAUCUUGUCCCUGACAUCCUUGGAGAGCUCUUUGGUCUUGGGCAUGGUGGAGAGUUUGGAAUCUGAUUUGAUUGAUUGCUUCUGUGAACAGGUGUCUUUUAUACAGGUAACAAGCUGAGAUUAGGAGCACUCCCUUUAAGAGUGUGCUCCUAAUCUCAGCUCGUUACCUGUAUAAAAGACACCUGGGAGCCAGAAAUCUUUCUGAUUGAGAGGGGGGUCAAAUACUUAUUUCCCUCAUUAAAAUGCAAAUCAAUUUAUAACAUUUUUGACAUGCGUUUUUCUGGAUUUUUCUGUUGUUAUUCUGUCUCACUGUUCAAAUAAACCUACCAUUAAAAUUAUAGACUGAUCAUUUCUUUGUCAGUGGGCAAACUGACAAAUCAGCAGGGGAUCAAAUACUUUUUUCCCUCACUGUAUGAGCUUUAUAUAAAUUUUUGGACAACCAUUGGUGCUUAUUUUUGUGCUGAGAGCUAAUACCAGACUGAGACCAUGCCAUGCUGUCCCAUGCAUGUGGUGCAGUGUUGUAGACAGACAACAGAUUCAUCCAGUUUGCAGCAUAGUGACCCCCCCACAUCCUCUGUUCUCUAUCGACAGGCUGAGAGCUGCUCUAGGAAACUGACUUUUCAGUGCUAGUGGUUCACAGAUGAUGGGAGAAAAUAAUGAGGAGAAGAAAGAUAACCGGGCCUUGCGCACCAUGACUGGAGCAGCCAUCACAGACAACCUGGAGGGAUGUGGCCGGGCACUUGGCCUCCAAACCGCUCCCUCUCCUCAACAAUCAGACCAUGUAUGUGCUGUACUGUUUGACUAGGAGCUGCACCUUGCAUAGAAUAGUGAUACUGCCGUUCAUCUGAGCCGCUAUGGUAAAUGGCUUGGGUUUUAUAGCAGCCAAUUAGGAUGGAACUGUGAUGUCAAGUGAACAAAGCCCUGACUUGUUUUUACCUUUUUCUUUUGUGUUAUUGGUUUGUGUGUGAUUAACAAAUCAAACUAUUACAUUUUGCGAAGACUCACAAAUAUUACAUUCUCUCACCUCAAUUUUUCAACAUUAGCAUUUUUUUAAACUCCACCUCUCUUUCGGAAGGUCAAAGAGACUUAUGCCCCUUCAACAUGGCUAAAAAUGCCAUAUUUGGCAUGCUAACAGUUGAAAGAGCAUUCUCCUCCCUGAAUGUAGACAGCUCAUUGACAACAGCUUAUCCACACUUGUUUUAAUAGCCCUUACUUUAAAGAUUCCCAAGACCCCCCUCACCCAAAACUGUCCUCCCCUAUUAGCCUGUAAAAGCUGAAUGAUUGAUUGAUUGAUUGAUUGAAUGUUAUUGGACACUGUUAGUGUCCCAAAUGUCACUAUCUCUAUAUAGUGCACAACUUUUGAGUCCUAUGGGCCAUGGUCAAAAGUAGUGCACUAUAAAGGCAAUAGGGUGCCAUUUGUGACGCAAACCCUCUUUGUGAAGUGUGCAUGGAUAUGGAUUGGCCCCCUUUGGCCUUAAAAUGCAAGACUUUUCAGUGUUAUUUUGUCAUGAAACUGAUCAUGUGAACAAAUGUAAGCCAUGGCAUUGAAAAAUGUACAUUCUGUCUCCUGAUAAUCAUGUAACAAAGUUGCUUUACAUUUGGGACCCCAAGAGGAGUAUAGUUAAAUGUUGUUAGUUUAUUUUUAAGUGGGGUACACUGUACUGAAGUACAGGCAUCGUGAUCCUGACAACGAUGUUUGAUGACCAUCCUAAGCUUUAAUUUCUCAUUUGGAUAGAUUUUUAGUGGCCUUUCUAGUUUUAAUCAAGGGGCAUCAGAACAUUUACCUCAACAGACCAAGAUUUUGGUUAGCUUUUUAAGUCUUGUUGGCUUAGUCAUGAAGUCAAACUCUUGCUCACCCAUAAUGAACAGGAGCACAGAUAUUAAAGUAUGCUUUCAUUUUAUUUCUCAAAAAGGAAUGAAGAGGUGAGAUGAAAUGAAUGGAUCAAGGCAAGAACCCGAGGAAAUGCAAUAUGUAGUCUAUAGUAUUUUGAAAGCAACUAAACAUUCCAAAGUUUUGUGUGGAGAAAAAGGCAUCUAUUUUUGUCAUUUGCAUUCGUAUAUCCUCGUAGUUUCUGAUGGUUUAGUGAUUGUAUUAUAAGCAUCGAAUUUACCAGCACUUCUAUAAUUUAUUCGAUUGAGUAUAAAACUGCGUUAUUUGGGUUUGUUUUUGGAGUGGAGUGUAACCGGCCUAUCUAAACUAGCAUGAUCCGAAAUCGAAUACAUUUUUUUCUGUUCAUCCGUUGAUUACCAUAAAUUCGUUUUUAUUCUAAGAUAUUGACACUUUAAUCAAUCAAGCAGGAGAUUACAUUUGAUAGCAUUUUCUUUAAGUAUUAAAUUAUGAUUUGGCAGGAAACUCAUUGGUUCAUGCGCAACUGACAAAUGUACAACAUGAAAUGUAUUUUGUUUUGUAUUUUGCUUCUUAGUUUUCAUAUCAAAUAAAUGUAUGGUGGUCUCAAUUAUAGAUUUCUCAUGGUUUCGAUCGUGAACGCUCCAGGGAGAAUAUUUUUUUGUGAUUCUUUUAAAGCUGUUUAACCAUCCACGAGACCAGAAAUAUUAAAAGAAAAUGAAUCCCCCACCUGCAGAUUAUGUUCAUCCUUUGGUAAAUAAAUCUAACUUGAUUUUUAGAUCUACAACCCUCAUGGACAACAUUUUGAUAGACGUCUGUGCGAUAAUCUUAGGCAAAUGCACCCAUCAUAUUUCUGGGACGUAGGCAAACUGAUAACUGAAACUAUAAUCCAAUCGAUGUGCUUUUAUAGCAUUUGAUCCCAUUAAAUGGUCAAACUGUUCUGCAUAGCUGGUGCACUCCAGACGCCCUGUCCAGUUCAUAGAGAGGGUUAAUUAAAGCAUCGUCCCACGAGGAGCAGUAAUGCAGUGACAGCGGUUUCCACAAUGCCCACCUGACUUGAAUGGGAAAGAGAGAAUUUGGAGGCUUUGGACACUGACAAGGAACAGACUACAUCCAACGCCAGAACAAGGAUAUAACAAUUGCAGGAUGAAAGCCAACAAACAAGUUACCACGGCGAAUCACAACGGGGACGGGGGGGACAUGAACAGGAGGCAGAGCUAUCCGGGCGACCAGCGGGUGAAACAUGCCAACAUAACCACAAAGAUUUGGGUGAAAGUGGCGAUGGCGAUUGCUUAUUUCCUAUGCGUGUCAAUAGCUGCCUUUAUUCUGGCAAUCUACUAUGUGUUCUUUUGGAGUCCGGAUCCUGUCAAUAGCCCGGCAUCGGACAAUGUCACCAUCCCGGCAGGAACGAACAACACAACGUGCCAGCCAAGGUUGUGA